CUCCCCUCUCCCCACAGUUGAAAAACUUUCAAAAAGCUUCAGCUUCAGGCUUGCAGAAUCCGCCUUGAUCAUAAACAAAUUCGAUUCGAAAUCGCGCAUCCAAACUCUGCGACGAACGUUUUCGCCGCGGCGAGAGAGAAGUCGAGGGAGAUGGGCGGGUGCUUGUCCGGCGACGUGCGCGGCGGCAUGGAGGCCGUGGGCGGGAGCGGCGGCCGCGGGGCGGCAGGGACCGGAGGAGGAGGGGGAGGAGGGGCGGGGCAGGGCGGCGGGGCGAACGAGGCGGUGGACCACUUCUUCAACGCCGCCGGCCUCCGCGGCCUCUACUCGCCUCUCGAGCUAUCCUUUUCAGCAUCAAAGUUGCGGAAUAUGGAUGCUUUUUCCAAGAGUGAUCCAAUGUUAGUGAUCUACAUAAGAAAGGAUGCAAGGCUAGAAGAGAUUGGCCGUACUGAAGUGAUACUGAACUCACUGGAACCCUCGUGGAUCACAAAGGCUACAAUAAGUUACCAAUUUGAGAUUAUACAGCCGCUUGUAUUCAAGAUAUAUGACAUCGACACAAGGUACCAUAACACGCCAGUCAAGACACUGAACUUGGCUCAGCAAGAUUUUCUUGGAGAAGCAUGCUGCAAUUUGUCAGAGAUUGUCACAAACAAUCACAGCCUGACACUUAACCUCAGAGAUAGUUGUGGACAUACCCUUCUAGGAACAGUGACAGUACAUGCUGAAGAAAGUAAUUCCUCAAGGAUGGCAGUUGAGAUGACACUCCAUGCCCUAAACUUGGAAAACAAAGAUGUAUUUUCAAAAAGUGAUCCUUUCUUGAGAAUAUCAAGACUGGUGGAAACUGCUGGUCCCAUUCCUAUCUGUAAAACUGAAGUGAUCAGCAACAAUUUAAACCCUGUUUGGAGGCCCAUAAUACUAACAUCACAACAAUUUGGAAGCAAGGAUAACCCAUUGCUAGUUGAGUGUUUUGAUUUUGAUUCAAGUGGUGACCACGAACUUAUUGGGACCUUCCAGACAACUAUCACUCAACUUGAGAAUGUAUAUAAUUCAAAGUCUGGAGCAAAUUUUUUCAGCCAUAAGGGACAGAAAAAGUUGAAGGGACAAUUGUUUGUGGAUAAGUUCCAGGAAAAAGUUCAACAUACUUUCUUGGACUACAUUUCCAGUGGUUUUGAGCUAAAUUUUAUGGUGGCUGUAGAUUUCACGGCUUCAAAUGGUGACCCCCGUUCACCUCAGUCUUUGCACUACAUUGACCCCUCUGGCAGACCGAACUCAUACCAGCAGGCAAUACUAGGGGUUGGCGAAGUUCUGCAGUUUUAUGACAAUGAUAGGCGAUUCCCGGCAUGGGGUUUUGGAGCGAAGACACCACAGGGCUACAUAUCCCACUGUUUUAAUCUGAAUGCAACUACCAAUGAUUGCGAGGUCGUCGGAGUUGAAGGCAUCAUGUCAGCAUACACCUCUACCCUUUACAGUGUCACCCUUGCUGGGCCAACUCUGUUUGGGCCAAUUAUCAACAAAGCUGCCGAGAUUGCCAGCCACUCCCUUCAAUACGGAAACAACAAAUACUUUGUCCUACUCAUCAUCACGGAUGGAGUUCUCACUGACAUUCAAGAAACAAAAGAUUCUAUCGUGAGGGCAUCCGAUCUGCCAUUGUCAAUCCUCAUCGUGGGCGUUGGAAAUGCUGAUUUCAAGCAAAUGGAGAUCCUGGAUGGAGAUAACGGCAAGCGGCUGGAGAGCUCGACCGGCAGGAUCGCGACGCGGGACAUCGUCCAGUUCGUCCCCAUGAGGGAUGUCCAAGGCGGGCAGAUCUCCGUCGUCCAGUCGCUGCUGGAGGAGCUCCCUGGCCAGUUCCUGGCCUACAUGCGCAGCCGGGACAUCAAGCCGCGAGCCCCGCUGCAGCACGACAACGCCUCUUCCGCUCCGCCCCUUUACCCUCCAACCAAGUGAAGUGUGCUGCUCAGCCCGGACAGGAUCGCCGUUGGUUAGGCUUCAAUCCGACUCCAAAAUCACCAGUCUGGAAAAAAAAAAAACCCCCCAAAAUGUACAUUCUCUCCUGCUCCAAAUCCUAGUUGCAGUAGCUUAGACUAGUCAGUUAAGAGGGGAUUAUUAGAGAGUAAUUAGCUCGCAGCCUCGCACUACAUUUGGUUUGGUGGUGGUGUAAUUUGUGCGGUGUUUAUGAGUUGACCGUGGCCA